AUUCACUCAGUCCCAAAUUUAUUCUUCAGUUUGAAAUUUAUUGUUGUACAGUCUUCUUCGAAAAAUUAGUCAAAAGAACACAUAUAUAGUCAAACAAGAAAAUACAAGAUGCGACAUGAUGGACAAACAACACUGCAGAUAUUCGCGAAAUCAGAGAGCAAGACGUUCGUUUUACAAGUCCAGAAAUCCGAUACGAUCGCCGUCGUGAAACGGAAACUCCAAGAAAAAGAUGGCAUACCGCCGUGCCGGCAGAGACUGUGGUACGGCGGGAAAUUAAUGGACGAGGAGCUGACCGUCGGAGAUUACAAAAGCAUAGGAAACAACUCAACGUUGUUUUCUUGGCCGAGGCACUGCGUUUACUGUUUUAGGAGAGAAAACAAUCCGGAAGAAGAAGAAGAUCACAUGAAGAUAUUCGUGCAAACAAAAACCAACCAGACGCUGACUUUGCAAGUCAAGAAAUCCGACAAGGUAUCCGCCGUGAAGUCAAAGAUGAUGAUCGGAUCAGGUCGGAUGGCGGGGAACAUGAGCCUCGAAUUCGACGGGAGACAGCUGCACGAUGAGCUGACUUUAAGAGAUUACAACAUAUGUGGGGACUCUACCUUAAUCAUGGCUUCGAGAAAACCCGAGGUGCAUGAUAGAGAAGAUGGAAGAGUCAAACCCCAAAAUAUGUCUUUUUCUGGAGAUGAAGACCGAAAUAGCUAGAUCAGAGGGAGUAGUCAGAAAAAGUAUGUGUCGGAAAUUCUAUUUCCGUUUUUUAAUCUAUAGUACCAAAAACAUAUUUAUUAAUUUCGUUUUUCUGAUGAUUAGGUGUAAUUACAG